GUUUAUUAAACAUUUCUUUUAUCAUGAAUUAUUUAUAGAAAUUUCAUGUAUUUGAAUAAGGAAUUUCCUUUCUUUUCUUCUAUUUAAUUGUUGUGUAUCGUAAAUAUUAUUUAGUCUCGAUCCUAUUAUCAGUCGAUGCAAUACAAAAAUUUGUUAACAUAAUCAGAUGUCUGACUGAUCAUUUUAAAUACUUGUGUACUCCAAUUAUAUUCAUUAUCUUCUCAUUGAGUCGACUUCAAAACCUACUACUCAAAAUGGCUGCUUGCUGUGUUACUGAGGAGGAAGGUGGAAUAUUUGAUAAGCAAAUUGUUAUAAUUGGUGCUGGAAUUUCUGGUAUUGCCUGCGGAUACCAUUUGAAAGAAUUGGGUUUUCAGAAUGUUCAAAUCUUGGAAGCUAGAUGCAGAGUUGGAGGACGAAUUUUUGGUAUCGAUGUCGGAUCUAAAUAUAUUGAAUUGGGGGCACAGUGGAUUCAUGGGGAGAAAGACAACAUUAUUUAUGAAAUUGCUGAAUCUAAUGGACUUGUGAACACAGAAAUAUACAAUUAUUUAGAUGCAAUAAGAAGUUUCAGUAAUUUUUCUAGUGAUGAAAGAAAAGCUCUUAGAAUGUUGUUCGACUUUUUAGAAGAAAAAGUUAACAAUUAUUCUAAUGAUGAUGAGAGCAAAUCUUUUUUAGAUAUUGUUGAGGGACAAUUUCAAAAUUUUUUAUCACAGUAUAGCCCUUGUCACAGUAUAGUCCUCGAUCGCUUAAAUAAAGGUUUUGAAUGGUAUUGCAAAUUUUUGACUGAAGUGAAUGGAUGCCACGAUUUGGCAACUUUAUCACUGCAACUCUUAAAUAUGUUCAAAGAAUGCGAAGGCAAUCAGACUGUUGAGGUAAAAGAUGGCAUUUCUUCUCUUUUAAGUGUAUUUUUAGAAGCAAUACCUCCGAACUGGAUUUUAAAAAAUAAAAUUGUGACCAAGGUUGAUUGGUCAGAUUUCACAGAACCAAGCAAUGAAUGCAAAAUUUCUGUUUCUAAUAGUAGAAAAAAUAGAAAUAUCAAAGUAAUUUGCAACGAUGAAGAAACAUUUUUAGCUGAUCAUGUUGUUAUAACAAUAUCAUUAGGGUGUCUAAAAACAUUAAGUCAAUCCUUAUUUGUUCCUAAUUUGAGCGAAACUAAGAAAAAAGCAAUACGUUGUCUUGGAUUUGGUACAAUUAAUAAAGUUUAUUUAGAAUUCAAAGAAGUAUUUUGGGAAGCUAAUGCUGUGUACAACAUUCUUUGGGAAAAAGAAUUUGACGGACUUCUUGAACAAAACUCCGACAAGCCCAAUAUUCAUUGGCUAAAAUUCGUCGAUCGCAUUGCAUAUACACCAAACCAUCCUAAUUUAUUGUGUGUGUGGGUGACUGGUGAUGGAGCUGUUCAAAUGGAAUUAUUAGAUGAGCUGGAAGUUCGUGACAAUUGUAUGAAACUUCUUCAACUUCUUUUGAAGAAAAAGCUACCAAAACCAACUAAAAUAUUGAGAUCAACAUGGAUGUCGAACACUUUUUUCCAGGGAUCUUAUUCUUAUUUAUCUGUAGACUGUGAGAAAGAAAAUAUAUUUCCUCAUAACUUAGCGGAACCUGAAUAUGCAAGUUCACCAUGUUCCAAGCAUCCUGUAUUAUUGUUUGCUGGAGAAGCAACUCAUGAUCAUUUUUUUUCAACUGUACAUGGAGCAUACGAAACUGGAGUGCGGGAAGCAGAAAGAAUAUUUCAUCAUUAUAGGUCUACAAAAAUUAUUGAUUCAUGGAAUUUGAUACCGAAACACAUGAAUAACAUGUCUCUAAAUAAAGGAAAUUUACACAUCGUCAUUGUGGGAGCUGGCCUUGCUGGUUUGGCAUGUGCACUGGAACUGUCUAAGAAUAAUUUUUCCAAAGUAACGAUCUUAGAAGCACAGGAUAGAAUUGGAGGUCGACUGUACAGUACAAAUUUUGGUGAUUCUUUUCUGGAAUUGGGCGCACAGUGGAUUCAUGGCAGUGACAACGCUCUUUUCGAAUUUUUAAAAAGCCACGAACUCUUACCCGAAGAAUUAGAAGAAACAUCCUUUGAAGGAGAAGGCAAAUUCUGUACUUCCAACGGGAAAAUUAUCCCUAUAUAUAUUGUUGAGGAAGUUAAAAAAAUUAUAAAUAAUGCGAAGACAGAGUUGGAAAAGGGGUGCUAUGAUAAAAAAUCUACUGAAUCAGUAUUUUCUUUCUUCUCAAGAGCUUUCAAAUCCCAUGUGAUGAAAUGCAAUAAUGAUCCAGAUAUUGCUCUGAAAAAAGCAUUGUUUAAUUGGUGCGUUAAAUUUGAAUCCAUUGACAAUGCAUGUGAUUAUUUAAAUGAUAUUGCCGUGCAGAGUUUCACUGAAUGGGAUGAGUGUCCUGAAGAAUUAUACCAUAUAGAAUUUUCUAAAGGAUCCCGUUCUUUAUUGGAUACAUUAGCAUCUCUGUUACCAAGAGAUAUAUUACAUUUGAAGAAACCUGUCAAAACUAUCAACUGGUGCAAGAAUUUAAAUGCUGACUUUUCUAGUCAAUUAUUUAGUGAAAAUCGCUCCGAAGGCACCUUUCCAGUUGUUCUCGAAUGUGAAAAUGGUGAGAAAUUUUAUGCCGAUAGUGUGAUUGUUACUGCGUCUGUUGGAUUUUUGAAAGAAAAUAUGGAUACAUUUUUCUCUCCAUCCCUGCCGAAAAAUAAACGGGAAGCUCUUCAACAUGUUGCAUUUGGAACUGUAAAUAAAAUUUUUUUAAUUUAUGAUGAACCGUUCUGGCAUGCUGAUGACUUGGGCUUCCAGCUUGUUUGGGAGAGUGAAGUUACUGGGAAAUGUGAAGCACUGUCGCUUGAGAAUCCUUGGAUAUAUGAUAUAACUGGAUUUGAUGUUCUACCAAAAUCCUCCAAUAUCUUGCUGGGGUGGAUAGGUGGUGAAGGAGCUAGAUUAAUGGAAACUGUCGAUGAAGAAACCGUUGGCAAAGUUUGUUCUGAUCUUCUGCGAAUUUUCCUUAAACGUCCAGACAUUCCUAACCCCAGUAGAACUAUAAGGUCAUGUUGGCAUAGCAAUCCUUACAUACGAGGCUCAUAUAGCAGUCGGACCCUGAAAUAUUACCAGAAAGACUCUAGUUUACAUGACCUUCAGCAUUCCUUAUAUUCUAAUUGUUCUUCAAAAGAUCAAUGGCCUGUCGUGUUAUUUGCUGGCGAGGCAUUAGAUGAAACUUCUUUUUCUUCAGCUCAUGGUGCUUUUCGAAGUGGCUUGAAAGUAGCUGAACAGUUGAUAAAACUAUCUUCAGAAAUCAAGGUUAAUAAAGAAAACCCCUAUUCUGAAAAUUAUGUGCACACUUAGGUACAGUAUUGAUAAGGAUUUUCUAAUAUACGAAGUUCAGAUCUGAAGUGAAUAUUUAAAGGACUCUCCUGCCAAUGAGUUUAACUACCUUAAAUCAAAAUAUUACUUGUUUCCUAUUGAAUACCACCGGGUUUUUGCGUUGUAGAGUUUAAUUGUCCUUAGUCUUAUUAAAAUUUACUUGUUAUA